UCGUGUACCGCUAUUCUUAGACCAAAAAUGUCUAAACCACAAAUAAAUACGAAAUCCAGCACGUAUCUUAAGGAUAAGGAGGCAUUUCUGAAGGAAUUAAAGCAGUUUAACGACAGCAAAGGAAUACCAUUUAAGACUCCGUCUGUAAAUUGUAUUGAUAUAGACUUGUAUCUAUUCUAUACACUGGUACAGCAGCGAGGCGGUAUCAGUAAGGUAAAUUUGUAUGAUUUGUGGGAUUCAUUUCUGCGCCCCCUUCGAUUACCACACCCUUGCAUCAACGGCUCAACAUUGCUGAGAAGAAUAUAUGGGACAUAUCUAGAGAAGUAUGAGAAAGCAAAAGGCCCUCCAAGCAGAGAUGAUGAUAAUGACCUGGAUGAAGACCUCAGAACCACCCGGGGGAGGGGCAGAGACCCACCGCGGACACCAUAUGGAGGGGGGCAAUAUUAUUCUGCAUCUGGCGAGCCGAUUCGCACAGCGCAGACCCGCGUGGCAGGGCCUUCAGAACGUCUCGCCCUGUCUCUCCUAUCACCCAUGCCUAACGAGCAGGACUUCGCUGUCAAUGUCUGCACAGUGUUGGCUGCGGACCAUUCUAACAGGAUGCCUUUGGGAUCAACUCCUCAUAUAUUGGACUUCUUACUAGCUCAUGCUGGAGUUUAUAAUCAUGGGAGUCUGCGAGACACAAUCGGCCGCUCGUACUUCGAGGCCCGCGGCCGCUACCCGCACGAGUUCUGGCAGCUCCGCGCCGGCGGCGGCGGCGCCAAAGAACUCGCUGAUGAAACUAAGUUCUCACAACUUACUGGAGACCAACCAGAGUUGAUGGUGCAGGCGUUAGCAGCCCAGAACACAUUGACGGACUGUCUGAUGAAUGAAUGUGGGGGGGAGGAGUUGAUUAAGGAAAUUAUCGAGGAGGAGGCACACGAAGACUGGGUAACCGAGCCCUCAGAGGACGAACAGCUGUUCGCCCCCGAGCUCCCAGGCGGCGCGGGCUGCGUGUACACGCAACGCGUCCUCCAAAUAGCCUCCAUAGUCCGCUCGCUAUCGUUCCACGAGGAAAACGUGCAGUAUCUGGCGAAGAAUACCACGCUGAUAAGGUUCCUGCUGCUGUGUGCCAACUGCUGGGUGGGCAGUCUCCGGCAGUCGGGGCUGGACGCGCUUGGGAAUAUCUCGACUGAGCUCAUUAUAAAGGACCCAGCUACCUGCCUCAUCUCUCGCCACAUCCUCUCCACCAUCCAAUCGGCGCUUGUCUCCAACGAUCGUGCUCGAGUGCUGGCAGCGUUAGAACUGCUGAACAAGUUGGCUCAGAAUGAGGCGAAUGAAGACGCUUUACUCAGAUCUUUGGAGGCUAAGGUGUACCACGACGUGUGCUCCCUCCUGACGCUGCGCGACAUCAUGGUGCUGGUGUGCACGCUGGAGUGCGUGUACGCGCUGACGUCGCUCGGCGACCGCGCGGGCGAGUGCGUCGCUCGUGUGCCCGGCCUCGUCGCCACGCUCGUGUCGCUCGUCACCGUCGAGGCACAAAGCUACGGGCCGCGGGCCUGCAUCCUGAUGCGCGUGGUGGAGACGGUGAGCGGGCCGAGCGCCGCCGCCGCCGAGCGCGAGCAGGAGCGUCACAACCCGCCCCAGCAGUUACAGGCGGUGCCCAUGCCAUCGACGCCGACGAAGGCAGUCGAAGUGCCGGCGCAAUCGCAAUCUCCGCAGCCCGCUGCGCCGCCCAAUAGCAUCCAACAUUCACACAUGCAACAGCGAACAGUUCAGGAAAACGAGCAUUUCGCGCAGGCGUGGCUCCGUAACACAUACGAGGCUCUUCCAGUCGGCGACAACAGCACUUGCGACGCCCCAGAACUGUACCGACAGUACCUCGCCUGCUGCGCCAAGCUCAACAGGAAGGGGCUCAUCGCACCCGCCAACCUGUCCCGACUUGUCAGGACGGUGUUCGGUGGCACCGUGGGCCCUAACACGGUCGCGCUGUCGUCGGGCGAGACGCAGCAAGUCUACAUCGGUAUUCGAGCCAAGAACCCGCAGAACAGGAACCCACCGGCAGGACCCGCGUCGCCAAUAUUGAAAGCGCAGCUGACAAAUAAGACGGCGACAGUAGAAGUCAAACCUGCCGUAUCGCAACCACAGGCCGCACCGCAACCGCAGCACCCGCACCUGUCGCACGCGCUCGAUGCGAACGCGACCAACACGACUCUGAUAAAACACCUGCUCGCCAAUAAAGUAAGCCCCGCCCUACAAACGCAACAAGUCGCGCAAAGGCAACAGAACCAGCAGAGAGGCGGUACAGUCGUAGUACAGGCUAACCAAUCGGUAAUGGACUUGGACCCUGAGGCAUUGAUAAAAUGUACGACGAUCACGUCGGGUGGAAUUGCCAGUAGCACGCCUACUAUUCAAGGAGAUAAGGUGCUGAUUAAAACUGAGGAAAAUGCAGCUGUAAAAGAUGAACCAAUACAAAUACAGAUCGACGACCAGACGCAACUGACUUUAAAGUCGGCGCAAAACAAAAUGCUAGCGGACCUUCUCGAGAAAAAGUCCAACCCGCCCGUCCAGGUCGUCCAGAUGGGCCCCCACAUGAACGCACCCACCAUCCAGAUCACAGAAACCGGACAGAUAGUCCAAGUUAAAUCUGAUGGCAAUCCGGUCAUACAAUACAACGAGAAUAUAGUCGCGCAAGGCAGCCAAUACUUUCAAAUAAAGAACGAGCAAGGGCAACUAAUUCAAAUCAAGAACGAACAGGGACAAAUAAUACAGUUAAAAACCGACCAAUUGCAAAAUCCGCUGAUACAGUUCAAAAAUGACCAGGGACAGGUUAUACAGGCGAAUCAGAUUAUUCAGAGCGUGAUUCAAGGUCAGGUAAAGGAGGAAGGUGAAUAUAAUGAGCCGCCUAAUAAGAGGGCGAAGGUUGAGACUAAACCUGAGACCCCACCUCAAGAAAGUGUAUCGAAGACUGCCGCCAACCUAUAUGCUGCGCUGGCUGCAUCCGCUCUGGAAGAUGAAGACGACUUGGUACCGGUAAAGCAAGAAUCAGUUGACGUGAUCCAACCACAAGUCAUGGUCGGCGGCACUGAGCAGACUGGCUCUGUUAUCAUACAGGAACCCAUUUUACAGGUACAACAGCCGACACUGCAAGUGCAGCAGCCAACGUUGCAGGUGCAACAACCGACGCUGCAGAUGCAGGCGCCUACUAUACAGAUGCAGCAAUCGACCCUGCAGGUCCAACAGCCCAUGUUGCAAGUGCAGCCGAUGGAUGUUCAGAACAUCCUUACCUCGCAAUCCGGACAGCUUAUCCUGCAAGAGAAAAUAACUUCGCCGCCUCCGCAGUUCGUUCAGCAGCCAAUGCAAAUCAUCGCCACUCCUGGAACAUCGCAAGGUCUUAGUUAUAUAACUCAAAAUAUGCCCGGAAAUAUGAUGCAAAAGACAAUUAUUAUAGUACAAGGACCGACAGGCGGAGGUCCACUUACAUUAACGGUGAACAACCCUGGCGGGCUGGACGAGCAGACGUUAAACAGCCUUAUUGCCCAGGCCACAGAGGCGAUAACCCAACAGCAAAUCAUUCAGAACUCAGGCGUGAUACAAUCCGCACAGAGGGUGAUAGUGAGUCAGCCGACGUUAGUGAGCACAGCACAGCCUAUCACGGUCGUUAAGACUAUGUCGCAGCAGAGCGCCCCGCAACUGACAGCGAGCCAGCAACCACUAAUAACAUCUCAGCCCCAACCACAUAAGGCGCAAAUCGUCAACCAACCACUAAUGGUUACCCAGAAACAACCACCGGCGUUAAUAAGCACGUCGACGAGCAACCAGAUAGUGACGGGUAGCCCUCAGAUUAUUCCGGGCAACCAGCAAAUUAUAGUGUCUGGCAACCAGCAGAUUAUUAUGAACGCGCCGAUUAAGCAAGGUGUGCAUAGGGUGGUGCAGCAACCGCAGAGGUCGCAGGUGGUUACCAAUGUUAGCGUCAACCAGCCGGCGCAGGAAGAUAAAUCUAGUGUAAUUAAGACUACGAAGCAAGCUGCACAACCGCAAGUACGACAAGUGAUAACCCGGCAACCAGUUAUGGUCGGAAACACCAAAAUAGGAGAUCGCGAAGUGGUUGUCAACCAACCUGUGACGCCAGAGAAGCCUGCCGCCCCGGUCACGCCAAAGCCUGCCGCCACUCCUCCACCCACACCGAUACAGAACGCGUCAGAUGACACGCCAUGGAUCUGCCACUGGCGAGGAUGUGGCAAAACGUUCUCGAACGCUUCGGAGGUGUUCGCGCACGCGGCGCACACGCACGCGCACGCCGCGGGCGGCGCGAGCGGCGAGACCCCUUGCCUGUGGCUCGACUGCGACCGCGUGCCGCGGCGGACGUUCGCGCUGCUCAACCAUCUCACCGACAAGCACUGCUCGCCGCAGGCACUGAAAGCGUUGUUCAACUCUCGUCGCCACGCCGCGGCCGAGUCGGAAGCGAGCAAGCCGGUGGUGCUCGGGUACCCGCCGAACGCCGCGCUCGCGGCCCUUAACAAACAUGCAGCCGACAUGUUCAACCCUAGAGAGCUUAUGCACCGAGCGGUCAGUCGCACGCCGGAGCAACUGGACGAGAACGAAGGCCCGGUCACCAAGAGCAUUCGCCUGACCGCUGCUCUGAUACUAAGGAAUAUUGUUAUAUACUCCAAUACGGGACGUCGCCAACUGCGUUCAUACGAGGCGCACCUAGCGACGAUAGCGCUCAGCAGUGUGGAAGCCUCGCGGACCAUCGCCCAAGUGCUGUAUGACAUGAACAACAUCUGAGAAUCGUAACCGGGCGGCGGCCCGCCUCCAUUCGGUAUCGAGUCUGCAGCUAUCGGUGGACAUAUCUAA